UGUAUUGUAGGGUGAUCCGUUCGAGCAUUUGUGCCGGAUGGCCGGAAAACGGUUGGUAAUGUCGGCAUUCUCCUAUUAUCACCGGAUUCCCCGGCAGUCACGUAACUCUCGUGAGACCGUCGGUCUUUAAUAAUAUUUCGUCGGUGACGAUAGUCUUACCAUAGAAUGAUAUAAUACAAGUAUACCGAUGUGUCCGCGAGGACUGUAGUUCAGAAAAAAAGAAAGCUACUCGUUCUUUACGCAGAUAAUGGGUUCACGCAUAUUGUACGAAAAUAUUUACUGUUUGUAAGGAAAAGCUAUGAUGAUGUUAAAUGUGACAGAGAGACCACGGGAGAUAAUUCUAACGUAAUUUUACUUUGAGUCGAGUAGUCUAGUGUUUUGACGCGCAUAGAAAUGGCGGAUGUUAUAUUUAUCACGCAUUUCGUACUCUUGUUGACAUUCAAAUUAUGUACAGGCGAAGAAGAUAUUAUUGCAUUACAGGAACAUGAUAUUCCUUUUGAUAACGAGGAAUCAAAUCUGUCUGAACCAUUAGAUCGUAAUUUUGGCAGCAGUACAAUUGGCCAAAAACAUAUUAAGUGCCAUGUAUGUGAAGAUGCCGAAUGUUCGCCACCUGACAUCUGCGAUAAUGCAAUCAUUUGCUGGAAAUCUAGGGUAAGACAAGUAGAUGGCACAGAGUAUGUUAAACGUGGUUGUUAUACAUCAGAGGAUCAUAGGAUGCUUACGUGUAAUAGAGAAGAAAACCAAAAUGCUGAACAUGCAGAGGGGCAUAUUAGAAAUUUGCGAGGUGGUGCUCAAUAUUCUGUAGAAUGUUGUCAAGAAGAUUUUUGUAAUGUUGGACCAUAUCCUGUAUUACAUGAUUCAAACAAUUCCAGUAGGGGGUACUAUGUACUGAAAUUAACGUUCGCGAUUCUUGGAUCGGUGGCUGGAUUAUUCAUCGCCGGAGGGUUCCUCUUAUGCUUAUUAACGCAUCGAUUGCGAAGAAAAGAGUCAAUGGCGCCACAUCAAAAUGAGCUAAUGAUAGACUCCGACAUCGAACCUUCCAUGUUGCAUUUUUCAUUUCCUUCUUCAGCGCCAUCCGCCUCUUAUCAUCCGCACGAACUUAGAGCAACUGCCGCCGGUGACAGUACGCUUAAAGAGUACUUAGAUGGCCGGAGCCUAACUAGUGGCUCUGGUUCUGGAUUACCUUUGUUAGUACAAAGGACCUUAGCCAAACAAGUAGCUCUAGUAGAGUGUCUCAGUAACGGUAGUAGCGGUUUCGGUGGUGAAGUGUGGCGAGGUGUUUGGCAUGGCGAAAGUGUAGCUGUAAAAAUUUACUUUUCACGAGACGAAGCUGCCUGGGCACGAGAAACCGAGGUUUACUCUGAACUCUUACCGUCCAGACACGACAAUAUUCUGGGAUACGUCGGUAGCGACAUGACCAGCAGAGGCAGCUGCACCCAACUUUGGCUAGUGACGCACUAUCAUCAGCUCGGCUCGCUUUUCGAACACCUCAAUCGAUCGCCACAUCCGUUAACACAUCAUCAAACGCUCAAUAUCUGUGUCGGCAUCGCUAAUGGUUUGCUUUAUUUACAUACGGAGAUCCACGGUACCAGAGGUAAGCCAGCCAUGGCUCACCGUAAUCUCAAGUCGAAGAAUAUACUGGUUAAGACCAAUGGUGGUUGCGUGAUCGCCGAUUUCGCGUUAGCGACUACACAAGAUCGCCUCUCGGCGGAAAGAGUCGACUUACGUCAAGGAACGAAGCGUUACAUGAGCCCUGAGAUUCUUGAACAAACGAUGAACGUUGAAUGUUUGGAGAGCUUUAGACGAGCAGACGUCUAUAGUUUAGGACUGAUAUUGUGGGAAGUUUGCCUCAGAUGUAUAAGUAAUGGCGUAGUCUUAGAGUAUGCGAUGCCAUACAGCGAAUGGUUAUCAAGCAGUAAUCAAGAGCCCUCCAUAGAAGAAAUGCGUAAAUUAGUCGUAUUCGAUCAACGAAGGCCUCCUCUUCCUAAUAGGUGGCAUUCUGACCCGACAUUGGCUGGGAUGGGGAAACUAAUGCGGGAAUGUUGGCAUGGAAAACCAGCAGCCAGACUACCCAUUCUCAGGGUAAAGAAGACACUCGUUAAAUUAGCAGCUAGUGAUUCUCGUGUUCACUUACCUCUCGACUGACCAGCGUUCUUCACUUUAUUGAAAUCCCUUUCAUCCGUGUAUUUAUUACUGCUGCUUCAGCAAUCUAUCAUGCACAUUAUAAGUUCGAUCAUCAUCAUCGACAUCCAUACGUUAUCAAACUGUUAUAUCAGAAGAAAUAUGAGAGAAUAUCGUAUAUUGACAUAUCGAAGCAACGAUAUUAAUAAGUUUGUUAAUGUUUGGCGUAUGGAUUUUGUUGCAUUACAUUCUGUCAUUGUUGUAAUCCUGGAACGAUGAUAGUUUAAGUAUACAGAUUCGCAUUGAUCAAACUAAACGUUCAGAUAGAUAUUGUUAACUCUACAGUGGCAGGCGAUUGUUCAAAGUUAUUUAAAAAAAUUAGUUUUAAAAAAUAUCUAUAGAAAUGUUUCAUAUGUAAUUUUCGUAAAACGUAGGUUGACAAUUCGCCGUUAUUUGCAAUUAAUUUCUUCCAAAAACCACUGUCGUAUAAUCGAUGUAUUUUUAAAUUUCUCCUUUUACUUAGUGAUUAAGAUUUUACUGGAAGUGCGCUACAUGUAACAUACUGUUAAGAUUUCUGUUUUACCUCGUUGCGAUCAUCUUAACCUCUUGACUGUGUGGCGAAAAUGAGACUUCCGUGCCACCAGUGUGUGAAAAAGUUUCACACAUUUCCGCUAUUCCGAUUUUAGUAUUAAGGUUUUCAAGGUUGCUAAAUCUGAAUGUGAUAUCAGAAUCCGUCAUUUUAAAUUUUAAAAUUUAAACAUAUUUGUAUUCAGUGACCUCGAAAACUUUAGUACAAUCAUUUUUAUAAAAAUCCAAUUAUUUUUUCAACUUUUGACACGCCAUAUUGGAUCUAUUAUUUUGAAUUUUGAGCUUCUGAUAUUAUAUUCGGAUUCAGAGAUCUCAAAAACUGUGAGAUACCAAGCUUCAAUACAAGUCGCAAAAGGAUAAAUCGGUUUUUUUUAAGAUAUAUAUAUAUAUGUACAUUACACACUGGUGGCACGUGCUUUUUCUAUACACAUAUGCUACAUAUAUACUCAAGGGGUUAAUUGAUAGUGUCGAGUAUGAGAAAAUAUACCUUCAAAAUUCUUACAAAAUAUGUUGAAACAAAAAAUAUAUAAAAAAAAUAACAUCC